AUCGCUUGUAAGCGGUAGUUAUUCUUCUUUUAGUUUACUUUGGUAAAUGAUGUAUUCUAACUAGUUGUUGCAUGUGGCAUUGUUACUUUAUCUUUUUUUUCUUUCUAAGUUGCUAAUUCACUGUUGCCAUAUAUAGCAGUUGACUUUGAAAUAAAUAAUCUGAAAGUGUUAACUUUUAAAAUAAUUUGUUUUUUGUUGGUAAAGAUGGUGUUCUAGUUGCAUAUCUUGACUAUUCUAUCAACCUACCGAUAUUUAAGCAAAUGAUAUUGUGAUAUUUUUUAAAAAAAAAAAUUAAACUGAAAAGUAAAAAUGUGAAGCAACAGAAGGCAGAGAAUCUAAAUGACGAAGAGAUGUGAUGACAGCUUACUGAAAUUUGGCAUUUGCAUGGAAUCCAACAAAAGAUUUGGCUUCAAGUCCAGAAAUGACAAAGGUCUUCCCCAUGUACACCUUCCACCUUAUCUUUCCUGUGUCUCACUCACUCCAUUUUAAACCACCGAACUCACCACUCACCCACUGGUACAUAUCAACGCUAUGCGUACAUUUGCUCGUUAAAUAGAAGGUGAAAGGAGUGUUCAUUGCAAAGUCGGAUGAACUUGGAUCUCUUCUGUAUACUCUAUAUUUCUAUCACAAUUCACACAUGACAACUUCCAUUUGCUCUGUUCCGCUUGUACAUUCAAUGUGUCCUCUGUAGUUACUAUUUCUUUCCGUCUCUUUGAGUCACAAAGCAAUUAAUACGAAAAAGCAAGUAGGCGGCGUAAUUCAUAAAGCAAGAAGAUACAAUAUCUGCAUUUAUAAACUCGUAGGAGAACUUUACUAGUGGAGUCGCCAAUUCUGUCACACCCUUUUUCACCAAUCAUCGCUCCGAUUCUAACCCUGAUGGCUCUAGCAACUUCAACGCCUCUGCUGAUGGAUCCGAGUAUUCCGAGAUUGAAAGCAACUCAUGCAGGUGAUGAACAAGAACAGAAGCAUCGACCAACCAUUUCAGAGGUUGUGGAGGAGAUCAAACUGCUGUAUUCCAUAGCCUUACCCAUCAUCGCUGCUGGAUUGCUAAUAUAUGGAAAAUCAAUGAUAUCAAUGCUGUUCAUGGGUAGAUUAGGUAAAGAAGCACUUGCUGGCGGGUCUUUGUCUAUUGGCAUAGCCAAUAUCACAGGCUACUCUGUUCUUUCUGGUCUUGCUAUGGGUAUGGAAGCCAUAUCUUCUCAAGCUUGUGGUGCUAAGCAAUGGCCUCUUAUGGGUCAAGCUCUCCAACGUACAAUCUUGAUUCUGUUAUUUUCAUCCAUCCCCAUAUCUCUCUUGUGGCUAAAGAUCGAACCUUUACUUCUUUUGUGUGGCCAAGAUCCAACCAUUUCAUCCAUUGCUUCUACUUAUCUAUCAUUCUGUCUCCCUGAUCUUUUCUUUCAGUCCCUUAUCAAUCCUCUCAAAAUCUAUUUGCGAACUCAAAAUGUUACUUUCCCUCUUACGUUGAGUGCUGCUUUUUCCCUUGCCCUGCAUGUGCCUAUCAACUAUUUCCUCAUCUAUCACCUUGGCCUUGGCAUUAAAGGCGUUGCUAUGGCUGUAGCCAUAGCUGAUUUCAAUCUACUUAUCGUCCUUUUUCUUUAUGUUAGUCUUUCUGGUGUUCAUAGAAAAUCUUGGCAAGGUUGGUCCGCGGAAUGCUUAGAUGGGUGGAGGCCAAUUUUGAGUCUUGCAAUCCCAAGUUGCAUUUCUUUAUGCUUAGAGUGGUGGUGGUAUGAAUUGAUGAUAUUAUUAUCAGGGGUGCUUUUUAAUGCUGCUGAAGCUGUGUCCACUAUGGGAAUUCUCUUGCAGGCAACUUCACUUGCUUAUAUAUUUCCCUCGGCUUUGAGUUUAGCUGUUUCUACAAGGGUAGGGAAUGAGUUAGGAGCCAAUCGACCUAAUAAAGCAAAGACUUCAUGUCAUGUAGCAGUUUUAUGUGCCAUAUUUAGUAGCUUCAUAGCAAUGCUAUUUAUGUCAACAUUAAGAAAUGCUUGGGGCAAGGCUUUUACGGACGAUGAAGCUAUUUUGUCGCUGACGGCGGCGGCAAUGCCGGUGGUGGGGUUGUGUGAAUUGGGCAACUGCCCACAGACCACCGGCUGUGGUGCUUUGAGGGGCAGUGCAAGGCCAGCUCUGGCUGUUCAUAUAAACUUGGGCUCUUUCUAUGGGGUUGGGUUGCCUCUGGCGAUUGUAUUGGGCUUUGUCAUGAAAAUGGGCUUGUUGGGCCUGUGCAUGGGCUUGCUGGCUGCUCAAGCUGUUUGUGCAUUUCUCAUGAUUUUUAUAUUGAGUAGAACGGAUUGGUUGAUGCAAGCUGAGAGAGCCAGAGAUUUGAUUGGUAUGGAUGAGGAGGAUAAAACUGAGGAUAAAACUAUAUCAAUAAAAACGGUAUGCUAGAAAGUAACUUUAUUUAUCCCUUUUCCUUGUAUACUGAUAAUUUUAAGAAUAGACAGGGGUAUGUAUCUUCCUUUUUUUCUAUUUAUUGACCUUUUUUUGUUUCUUUGUUUUA